UUGUUCUGACAUUGCUAAUGUUAGCUAUGUUUGCUAACUAGCUAUAUUUAAGUAAAGUAAUCCGUCGGUCAGACUGAACCAAAUGCAGCUAAUUACGGGACGAGAGUUAGUCUGUGUGACACACAGUAAAAUAAUAUAGUUCUUUAGCUGUGAGGCAAACCAUCAAUGUGUUUGUUGUCCAUCCGAAGAGGUUCAGACUCAUGCCAUAGAUCUAAAGUUAAAAAGGACUUAUAAUGGAACCAAAUGGGGGGAGACGCUUGUUUAAAGCAAUUUAACACACCGUUUAACAUGGCUGGGAGACGACCUGCACUGAAGGCCAUUGACUGGCUGGCUUUUGCAGAAAGGGUGCCACCCAACCAGAGGACCAUGUUUAACAACCUGAAAACAAGGAGUGAUGCUAUUUCUGCAAAGCUCACCUCUCUGCCAGAGAAACCCGCCGCCAUUGACUGGAGCUACUACAGGUCUGCUGUGGCUAAAGCCGGCAUGGUGGAUGAGUUUGAAAAGAAGUUCAGCGCCCUGAAGGUUCCUGAGCCAGUAGACACUCAGACAGCUCUUAUCAAUGCCCAGGAGGCAGAAGCGAACAGGACAGCUGCUGCCUACAUUGAAGCAUCCAAUGCUCGUAUCGCCCAGUAUGAAAAACAGCUGGACAAAUUCAGGAACAUGAUUCCCUUCGACCAGAUGACCAUCGAAGACCUGAACGGGACUUUCCCAGAAACCAAGCUGGACAAAGAGAAACAUCCUUACUGGCCACACAAACCCAUUGCUGAACUGUAAACGUACCACCCUGACCAUAUUCUAUAUAAUGUAUCUUCCACUGAGGAAAACCUGUACAGUAUGUGUAUAAAAAUCUUGUUUCAUCCAUUCAGGGGUUUAUAAAAUGACUGAAAUGUUGUUCCACUGUAAGAACUGAAUGAAUGGAGGGGGGAAAUGAAACAUGACGUAUUUGUUUUAUUUCUUCUCAAUUAAACUUAAGUGAUUCCUGAAAGUAAAUCCUGAAAAUAUGGCACAA